GGUCACUAAUGAUAUGACAGAUGAUUUGACAUGGUGGGUUCAUAAUGUUUCCAUCCAGAACAGACUGAUUUUCAGGGGAGGUGCAGACAUUGCCUUGCACACAGACGCUUCCAACACAGGCUGGGGAGGUCAUUUAAAUGAGCGUAUCACUGGGGGCAGUUGGUCGUUAGAGGAACAACACCUUCACAUAAAUGCCCUUGAACUUAAGGCUGUUUUACUUGCUCUGCAGACCUUCCGCACUGACCUAAAAGACAAGCACAUCAAAGUCUUUUGUGACAACACCACAGCAAUGACUUACAUUAAUGAAAUGGGAGGUACCAAAUCUCUUACUUGCAACAACAUUGCCACAGCUAUCUGGGACUGGUGUUUGGCAAAUAAUGCUUGGAUUACCUGCUCAUUCAUUCCAGGUAAAGACAAUGUUAGGGCAGACUUGGCAUCUCGUCAUAAGAACGAACGCCAUGAAUGGCAACUGAAUGUGUCCAUUUUUCGUGUCCUGUGUCAUGUUUUUGGCACUCCUACCAUAGAUCUGUUUGCCUCCAGACUGAACAAACAAGUUCCACUUUUCUGUUCUUGGAGACCGGACCCCGAAGCUGCUUACUUUGAUGCCUUUUCCAUCAAGUGGUCAAUGUUUCCUCUUUGUUACAUGUUUCCCCCUUUUUCACUCAUCUCUAGGUGCCUACAGAAAUUGCGGGCCGAACAAGUCGAGGGCUGGAUGGUGGUGCCCCUGUGGCUGUCACAGCCAUGGAUGGGCAUGUUGUUGCACAUGCUGGUCGACCACCCUUGGUUGAUUAUGCGGGGGCAAGCAGUUCUGACACAUCCGUCCUCGGCAGCCCAACACCCAGUUUUGGUCCACACACAACUCAUGGCAUGCAGGUUAUCAGGGAGUCUCUCAAAGCACGAGGCAUAUCUGCAGACGGUUCAGACAUCAUCAUGGCCUCUUGGAAGCCGGGGACGGCCAGACAAUACAGACCACACAUCAACAUGCAAUGGUUACCCACAAAGAUGCACUACCACCCUUCUAAUGUACAGCACCCAUCACUACAACUUGUAAACACCCCUUUGUAUAGUGAAGGAAAAAAUAAUGAGAGAGGAAGAGUGAUGAGAAAAUGGACAACUGUUUAAGUGAGUUAUUAACCUGGAGCAAAGACUACCUGAAGGAUACACGUAUUCACACACACCUAUGUACUGUGAAAAAGGCCUGUUCCAGGCAUUUUACUUGCUUCUCUCUUGUAUGUUGUAGAUCUUCCCCUAAACCUCCAGAUGUAUGUGAACAAGGUAAGCAAGGUGACUUAAACCUGUCAUGUUGAAAACCUGACCUUUAUAUAUUAAUAAACCUAUAUUUGUGUUAUGUGUUCUGCUCCAUAUUAUCUUUUUAAUUUCCUCUCUGGCAGUUCUAAUAUCCCACCCCAGACCGACUUCUCAUCAUUUUCGGUCCUUGAAGCGAAGAAAAACCUGGUACAUAUAGAGAGCGACGUGGACACAAAAACUCUGUGAGAGCAAGAUAAUGGAUAGGAUCCAAAGAGGGAAGGAGGAAGGGUAGGGAAUAGAAUAUAAAGAUGACGGAUGAGUGAGAGACACUAGGUUAUUUUGGGGAGCAUAAUAGGAUGCACAUUAGAAGCUUAAAGCGAGGAAUAUAAUUUUGAAAAGCAUACUUUGAGGAUUGUUAAGCAUUUUCCGAAAGUUUUUGAGCACAAUCCCAUACAAAGAUAGUAGGGGGAAUACAGAUCAGAUGAGUAUGAUUUAUGCAAAUACCACUGCUACGUUAUUUUACGUGCUGUAUACCUAUGGAACACUACAUUACUUCUACUCUUACAAUUCUUUUUUCAUAACCAUCACCAAAAACGGCAUAAAUACACAAUAAAAAAAAAAU